AUGUCGUCCAUGGUUGCUCUGCACAUUUCCCGUUUGCGCCAGGCGUUGCUGGCAAGCGUUAUAGAGGCAGGGGAGGCCUUGAAGAAAGCUUUCAGGGCUGACGGGGCUUCGAGGGUCUCCCAGGUUGUCCCUUCCUUCGUAGACGGUCCACGUACACAGCAUGAUGAAGCGAUACUACCCACGACAACAGCAGCACCCCAGAGUUCUUCACAGGUGUGUCUUAUGGCUUCCGACCUUCCUGCUCCCAGAGAUGUCUCCGAACAGGGCAAAACGACGGCGUCUGCCGUCGCCUGCGACCGUCCGUUCGAGCAUGCAGCCCCACCGAGGGACGGUUUUGCAGGUUCGCGCAGUAGUAGGAGCUCCUCAAGAACCUUUGACAGUCGAUUGAACGAAUCAGAGGGUUGGUUUCUCACAGAUAUGAUCUCUGGGUGCGAAGAGGGGAAACUGCGUGCCUACCGGAUUCGAAAAUGCACCAAUGGCAGUGGCAGCAGAAGCGCAAGCAACGCAAGCAGCCGCAGUAAAGAUCAUGGAAGCAUGAUAAUGGUCUCAUCAGUCGAGUCUUUACUGUCUGUAGACAGAAAUGCAGAAGACGUGGACGGUCUCAGUAGCGGUGGGUCAUCCAAGGACGAGGAGGACAGCGGGUCAAUGCCUGCCAUUUCUGGCUGUGGUGCGCAUCCUUCAACUGGCUCAAUGAUGACAGGAGACAUUGUUCUCCCUCAUGACGCACAACAGAUGGAGGAUCACACUGCAACUUUCCUUUCCGAAUUGGAGAGGCAGUUUAAGAACGAGACAAUCUUUAUCAGCGACCGUAGUGGAGUGAGGCUUUAUAUGAUCGACGCAGGACAUGGCUGGAGCAGCUACCCUUCUCUAGAGCAUCUUCUACAUUUCUUGGGUGAGGCUGUCAAGGUCUUCGGCGGUGAUCACCUACGGGGGACGAAGUAUUUGCUGCCCGUUGACGAAGCGGAGGUUUUAGUGGGUGAAUUGCAAAAGUUAGCGCCGUCAUCCUGGAAAGACAUAGCUAGUGCCGCGAAGGCAGCUAGCCCACAAAUUUUGUUCGCAAUCGCCGCACGUCUUGUUCUCGUCGAGUUGAGAGCAGCGGCAGUUGCUUGGGUUACUGAGGUAGGAGCAGUGACAGUGACAACUGCCAAUGGAUCUGCCGCUGCUGUGGGAGCGGCAGCAGCAACAGUGGGGGAGACGGCAUCAGCAGCAACGGGUGCAGCCAGUCUAUGCACUAUUGGUUCUGCAGCACUCGCAGCCGCACCUUGGGUGAUUCUGGUUGGUGGUAUUGCCUGCGGGGCACUAUGCUUUAUACGUGAACUACGCAAUGCAGAAUGGAAGGUUUCUCGGUUUCACACCGAUGAGACCGGGCAUAGUAAACAGAAGGAGGACGUGCCGCAGGGAGCAUUCAGCGACCAUUGCAUCGUCAAGUGGGGCCAAGCAGCAGGUCAAUAG